AUGCAGUCAAAUUUUCAAGAUCGUAUCAAAUUUCAUCAAAAAUCAUCCCGUAUCACAAUAAUUUAUGAUUUAUCUCCAGACGAAAAAGGCAAAUUUUUUAAAAUUGAUUUUCAAUCAGAAUCCACAAGCCUCCGAGAAAUUUUAUCAAACGCAUCAUCAUCUUCCAAUGAUCUCAUUUUCACAAUUCUUCACCCACCUACUAAUUUUUCAUUAAACACUUAUUCGAUUUCUUCUUUGAAUAUUGUAACAGUCCUUAAAAAACUUGAUAAUUCAGAAUGGGAUUCAUUAAAAUUCAAGUUCAAAUUCAAUAAUGAGGAAACUUUAAUUGAGAAAUGGUUUCUUACAAAGGAAAAUGUACAAAAAUGUAUUAAAACCCUGGAUGAUGAAACUAAAUGGAAUAAAACUUCUCUAGCACCGGAAAUUGAAUCUACGCAAGCGGCACGUGAUAAAGAUGGUAUAAUUGUUCAAAUAAAAAUUAAACCUUCUUACUAG